AUGUCUUCUUUACAACUCAUUGACGAGAAUAAGAACUUCAAUGAGCAUUUGUUGCCGUAUAUCCAAAAAUACUAUGAUGGAAAGGACGACAAGGGUCUUAACUACCACAUCGUGUCGGUGUUUGGGUCCCAAUCAACAGGUAAAUCAACGCUCUUGAAUCGUUUGUUUGGCACCCAAUUUGACGUUAUGGACGAAACAAAAAGACAACAAACAACAAAGGGUAUUUGGAUAUCCCAUGCAAACUACAUUGCCUCAACGUUGGUCGAAUCUGGUCGUCUGGACAACGAGAAUCAUCUGUUUGUUCUUGACGUUGAAGGUGUUGAUGGCAGAGAGAAGGCAGACGACAAAGACUUUGAGCGUAAGUCUGCGCUAUUUGCCCUGUCAACGUCCGAAGUGCUGAUCGUCAAUAUCUGGGAACACCAGGUCGGACUGUACCAAGGAGCGAACAUGGAAUUGCUCAAGACUGUGUUUGAGGUCAAUCUGAGUCUGUUUUCCUCCAGCAAACAAAAAUGUCUACUUUUGUUUGUGAUCCGUGACUUCACCGACAUGACACCCAUCGAGAACUUGUCCAAUAGUUUGAUGGCCGACCUUAACAAGAUCUGGUCCUCGUUGAGUAAACCAGAGUCCUGUCAAGACCUGACAAUCACAGACUUCUUUGAUCUCAAGUUCACCAGCAUUGCACAUAAACAUUUCCAGCCAGACAAGUUUGAGCACGAUAUCCAGCUUCUUGGCGACCGGUUUGCAUCCACAGAGCUCUUCAAAAACGAGUACCACCGGAACAUCCCUAUCGACGCCUGGACUAUUUAUAUGGAUCAGAUCUGGCAGCAAAUCGAGGAGAACAAGGACCUCGACCUGCCUACCCAACAAAUUCUGGUUGCACGGUUCCGUUGUGACGAGAUCAUGCUGCUUGCAUACCAGAAUUUCGAGGAACAGUACGAAAAGGUUGAUUUUGAAAAACUGGACGAUCCGCAAGAGUUUGCCGACUCCAUCAAACAGCUGCGCACAGAGGCGCUUGUUCCGUACGACACGAGUGCCUCCAGAUAUACACAGACAGUGUAUCUUGAGCGUCGGGAACAGCUGGCCAAGAAGAUCGACUCGAAGUUGACAGAGACUAACUCGCGCCGACUGGCUAGUGUGAUCAAGAAACUCGUCAAGGAGUUUAGCGACCGUGUCCAGGCGGCCAAGAAAAACCACGAGGGGUCUCUAAAGGAGAUUCUUGCUGCACAGACAGCACUUGUUACCGCAUCGUUCCGCGAAGAUGCCGGAAAAUGCAUGUUUGACCAUUCACAGGAACUUGAGCAACUGGAGACAGAGAUCCAAGCUGCCACCGAGCAGAUUCGGCGCAAGGAGAAGAGUCUACUUGUUUCGAGAUUGACCAAGCGGUUCCAGAGCCAGUUUAAAGAAAAAUUGACUGAGCUGUGUGGAGACCCGACCGACGAUCUGUGGGACAAGGUGAUGGUUGAGUUUAGCAAGAUUGAGGACGGGUUGGAGUCCAAGUUUUUGGUGGACGGUGUUUACGACUACCAUUUGGGAUUGGAUGCCAAGGAGAACGCCGAGUUACACAUCGACCUGCAGAAGGCCCAUUGGAGCAAGUUUAGAGACAUUGUCCACGAUUACGUUACCGAGGACACAGUGUCGCGGAUCUUGAGAAACAAGUUCGAGGAUCUGUUUAGGUACGACGAGCAGGGUGUACCAAAGAUGUGGACCAACACUCUGGAGAUUGACCAGCAGUACAACAAGGCUAGAGAGGCUGUGUUGAAGCUGCUACCGACGUUCAGCAGGAUCGUGCUUGCCAAGACCAACGAAGAGGUUGUUCCGCCGGUGAACAUUUCUUCGGGCGAGUUUGAGGACCUCGACGAGGAGGACGAGGAAGUUCCGUUUGCAGAGCUGUUGUCCACGAGACAACAAACGGGUGUUCUGGGCCGCGUCCGGAAAGAGAUGGACGCAAUCUACAUUGAGGCCAAACGGUCGGUAAUGUCGAGCAUGACGUCGAUUCCAUUCUGGAUGUACUGUCUUGUUGUUGCUUUAGGCUGGAACGAGUUCAUGGCUGUUCUGCGUAACCCGCUGUUCUUUAUGCUGCUGAUUCUGAUUGCAACCGGAACGUACUUUGCACACCAGACGGGACUGUUGAAGCCGAUGCUGACGGUGGCGCGGUCGACGAUUUCACAGAGCAAGACGGUUGCGAAACAGAAGCUGCGGGAGCUAAUUGAGGAGAACGAGCCGGAAAAGGUGGAGACGAAGGAAGUUAAUAGUAAAGCUGAAUAA